UGCAUCAUUAGUCAGCAGCGGUCUUGUCAUGACGCUAUCUUGCUUCCAAGGAUUCCAACAUUUUGGCGGUUUCUUUGAUGCUGACAACUUUCAAACACAAUUUCCAACCUACAGUAACACCUUUAAAAGACCAUUACUGGCAAGCCAGCAAUUAAUAAUUUCCUUGUGGCAGUAUACCGGGCUUCAAGGAGAGCUAGUGAACCACUUGUUUGGGGAGUCUCCUGUCGCCGGGCUUGGGCUGAAGACCAUUCGGCUAUAUUGUUGACAUCUCACUCCCACAUAAAGUUCCACAUCCCGUACUUCGUGUCUUUGAUCUCUUCGACACUAUUCGAUGUCUCUGUUUAAGGUAAGCAGACGUUCUCACUUCAAUCAAGCAAUACGCUCAGCUUUCUAGAAAGUCCUCGGCGCAGCUCAUUCCUCCAAAUUCGCUACACCAAAACCACCAGCACCCGCCGCAAGCAUGUCUCCUACAAUGGAUAUCCAGCUUCAGAAUCGAACAAAGGCCAGUAAUGUCUAUGCUUAUAUCACUGGUCUCGCACUCGACAAAGGAAAUCACGUAUGCUUGAUGAAAGCCGACGGCAAAACUCCGUACUAUCCUGACUCACCUUCGGAUAUCCUUCAACCAUUGUCGGAAAAUUGUUCGAUUAAACUGGGUGCUCCGGGGAGUACGAUCACGGUCACCAUUCCCCAGCUUGCUGGAGGUCGUAUUUGGUUCUCCGUUGAUACUGAAUUGAAGUUUCUGGUCAAUCCUGGCCCUGCUCUCGUCGAGCCAUCAAUAUCAAAUCCCAGCGAUCCAAAUAUCAACUUGACCUGGGACUUUUGUGAAUUUACAUUCGCGAACAAUUCAAUCUACGCGAAUAUCAGUUAUGUGGACUUUGUCAGCUUGUCGGUGUCAUUGACGCUCACACCUAAAGAUGGGGCGGAGCAGAAAGUCCUUGGAUUGAAACCAGACGGAUUCCAACAUAUAGUUGAUGGCUUAAGAGCACAAGAUAACAAAGAUUGGAGUAAGCUUGUCUAUGAAGCCAAUGGAAAAUCUCUACGAGUCAUGAGUCCCAACAAUGGAAUCGUAAUGGCGGGAGGAAAUCUCUUCAAAGGCUAUUUCGAGCCCUACGUCAAUCAAGUCUGGGACAUGUACAGCAAAUGCCAUCUCGCAAUCGACACACACGCCCAAUGGGGUAAAGUCGGCGGGCACUGCGGAAGCGGCGAGCUCGAGUUUCCCGGCAUAGGUUCUUUCUGCAAACCAUCCACAGCAGAUAUCUUUGGAUGCAGUUCUGGUCCAUUUGCUAACAAUGCUGGGCUUUGGGACCGCUGACUGCGAGGAUCAGUGCAGGGUUUAAUCGGACGACCCUGUUGAACGAACAGGUCCAUCCAAAUGCCGAGAAGGUUGUCGAUUUUUACAAGUUGCCGGUCACGAAUCAUUAUGCGAGGUUGGUGCAUGAGGCGAAUAUUGAUGGGAGGGGUUAUGCGAUUCCUUAUGAUGAUGUGCCAGCUGGGGGUGGUGGGGUCGAUCAGUCUGGAUAUGUCAAUGGGAGUCCCAAGUCUUUCCUGGUGACUAUUGGAUAACGUGCAAGGUAGAAGAUACAUAAUGAUCUAAUAACCUAAGCAAAGCCUUACAUCCUCAGAUGUCAUGAAUAUACUCGUUUCCAUAGC